AUGAGUACCAAGUUCUCGUCACCCUCCUGGCCUCCGCCUCCCUUGCCUCCGCCCAAGGCAAACGAGUACAAGAACACUGCGUGCAAAAACCUCAACUACUCCCACGCCAAGUUCUGCCUCGGCGACGUCACCUUCGACGACACCACCAUCUCGGUCUACUUCAACUACGGAACCAACGACGUCGGCACCAACCGCAAGAUCUGGGUCGCGUUCAGCGGAAAGACCGGAAACGGCGGCAGCUGCACGGGCACCGAGCUGGGCUGGGUCCCGCUCGGCGACAACGGCAAUUCUGACGAGGGAUGUGUGAACAUCAACAAUGUGUUUAGUGUGAGGAUUAAGUGUGUGCGCGAGCGCCGGGGUUGA